UUGUUAUAUGACCAUUCAUAUUUUUUAUGUAUAGUUUAAUUGAUUUGAACUUACUAAACUUAAGUUAUGUAGAUAGUUUAAUUGAUUUGAGUUUCGUGGGUCAAAGAUCGAGUACCGUAGUAAUUUAGUUAUCUUGCCCAUCUUUGGUUUAAUUAAUUUUAAUUAUGGAAUAUUUUUAUUUGCUAUGCCCAUCUUUGUCUUAUUUUAUUGGUAUUCAUUUUCAUGCAUAUUUAAGAAACAAAUUUAAAGAGGGUUUGUUUAAAGUCCAUUUAAAGUUAAGUAGAUCUAUAGCCCGGUUAAGGCCCGAUUAAAACCUGUUUAUAAUAGCCCGAUUAAAGUCCGAAACUGAUCGACCCAAUUAUUAAUUAUAUAAUAUUUACACUAAUUAAGCCCGUUUAGCUAAACGAGUAUUUACAAUGCAACCCUAGAAAUUGAUCGAGCCCGGCUAAGCCCGACCCGAUGGCUUGACACCCCUACAGUCCCAAUACUGAAUCUAUUGAUACCAAUUGUUACAAUAUUGAUCGCGGGCGAUAUCAAUACUGAUCGCCAUAUCAAUACAGAUCGGUCAAUACAAUCGAUCAAUACUGGUACCUUAAACCGGGGACCUAGUGUAGAUUUCUAUAGACGAGAUGUGACGUGAUGACAUGGCUUUAAUGGAUUAGGACAAAAUCAGUGAAUAACCCUAAAUUAAGACUGGAUUAAACAAUAAAUGAAGCGAAAUCUACUAAAGUAUCCUACCACAAAGAAGAAUAAGAUGAAUUAUAUCAAUGUCCAUACUCUUAUGUAUAAUAUUAAAAAAUAUAUAUAUAUAUAUAUAUCCAUCAUAUAAAAAAAUCGAACAAAUAGAGAUUCCAGCUCUUUUGCUCUCAACGGUCAACAUCGAAGACCAAGCCCUACAUGGUCAUUGAGCAACACGUCAACGCACUCUUCUCCAAAAAGGAAAGUCCACUGAAAAUCAGCUACUCUGGUAGUCUGGUUGGAAAGUUAGAAUUUGAGAGAAGCGCCAACAGGUACAGGGCAGAACAGAGAGGACAUCCACACAUUCAUUCUUUCAUGCCAAAAAAAAAAAACCCUACUCGUUUUCUUCAUAGACGCAUUAGAAAGACUUGGAAUUGAAAUGCAGUUAGUUCCAUUUUCAAUUUCUACGUGAGCUCUGGAACUAAAACAGAUUUUGGUUUUGCACUUCCGAUUUAUUGAUUGAUUGAUCGGUUAGAUAGAUCGAUUGAAUUCUUAGACAAAAAGAAAGAUUAGUUGUGGUUGAAAGUCUGAAACUAAUGGGAGAAAGUUCGGACAUCAAGAAGCCAUUGUUGUCGAAUGAUGGACAAAAGCCCGACGAUAAUCGUCAACCAGUGAAUCGCCGGAACUCGGUGAACGCCAUUAUUGACAGUUUCACUGCCAAUUUGCCCAACAAGCUUAGAUCCGGCAUUGAUCCCGAGGACCCUCUCAACGUUGAUUUAUCUAAAGCCAAAAGCUUAAACCAGGGGGAAAAGGAAUACUAUGAAAAACAAUUUGCAACCCUAAAAUCCUUUGAGGAAGUUGACUCUUUAGAAACAGCCAACAGCAUCGACGAGUUUCAAGACCAUGGACAAGAAGCCAAACAUGAAAGAGCAAUGAAGAUAUCCAAUUAUGCAAAUAUUCUUUUGCUGGCAUGUAAGAUCUAUGCUACAGUAAGGAGUGGGUCAAUUGCUAUUGCAGCUUCUACACUUGAUUCUCUACUGGAUCUUAUGGCUGGUGGAAUUCUUUGGUUCACACACUUGUCAAUGAAAAAUAUAAAUAUCUAUAAAUAUCCAAUUGGAAAGCUGAGGGUGCAACCAGUGGGCAUUAUUAUUUUUGCAGCUGUUAUGGCUACUCUUGGCUUUCAGGUACUGGUGCAGGCUUUAGAACAACUGAUAAAAAAUGAACCUUCAGAAAAGAUGACCUCAGAGCAGCUUGUGUGGUUGUAUGCGAUAAUGCUUUCUGCUACCGUGAUAAAGCUGGGCCUCUGGAUCUAUUGCAGAACCUCAGGAAACAAGAUAGUCCGUGCUUAUGCAAAGGAUCACUAUUUCGAUGUGGUAACAAACGUUGUUGGCUUAGUUGCUGCUGUUCUUGGUGAUAAAUUCUUCUGGUGGAUUGACCCUACUGGUGCUAUUGUUCUUGCAAUUUAUACAAUUUCAAACUGGUCUGGGACUGUACUAGAAAAUGCAGCUUCUCUGGUAGGGCAGUCAGCCCCACCAGAAGUCUUACAGAAAUUGACAUACUUGGUCAUAAGGCACCAUCCUAAAAUCAAGCGCGUUGACACAGUUCGAGCUUACACUUUUGGUGUUCUUUAUUUUGUAGAGGUUGACAUUGAACUUCCCGAAGAUUUGCCACUGAAAGAAGCCCACGCAAUUGGAGAGUCUUUGCAAAUAAAGAUUGAGGAGCUUCCUGAAGUUGAGCGAGCAUUUGUCCACCUUGAUUUUGAGUGUGAUCACAAACCAGAGCACUCUAUUCUUAGCAAGCUUCCUGACAGUCAGCCUUGAAUUUGAACUCAAUGCAAACAACAUGCGCCACACACACAAACACGCCAUUCUAAGUUGCUACUGUGGUUUUUUUUGUUUUUUCUCCGUAAAUGGCUGUUACGAGUGAGGUUCUAGUUAAGAGGACAAGUGGGAUGUAUUGAGGAAACUAAAGAGGAUGUCAAGCCCUCUCCAGAUGGGCUGUAAGAAAUUGUACUUUUGAAUACAAACUUCGAAUUCGUACUGUCUAA